AUGUCUACUUCUACUCCAACCACUCAUCAACUCUUUCAAGAUUUUCUUGGGGACUUCUACUCAAGAAGACUGCUAUUGCAUACCCCUUUUGACCAAUCAGCAAGCACAGCAAAUCCUCCAGCUCCUGGAAGCACUGCCUCGUCUGAACCUUACACUGACGCUGACAACAGCUUCGAUGCAAAUGUUGUUAUGGUUCUUUCAGUCCUGUUGUGUGCGCUAAUUUGCUCACUUGGCCUGAAUUCCAUCAUCAGGUGCGCAUUAAGGUGCUCUAAUUUGGUAGCUUCAGAAUCUGCUGCAAACUCCUCGACUCAGGCAGCGAACACCGGAGUGAAACGAAAAGCAUUGAAGACUUUCCCAACAGUAACUUACGCAACUGACUUGAACCUGCCUGGCCUUGACACAGAGUGCGUAAUCUGUCUCUCAGAGUUCGCACCUGGUGAUCGUGUUCGUCUUCUACCUAAGUGCAACCAUGGAUUCCAUGUCAAAUGCAUUGACAAGUGGCUCAGCUCCCAUUCAUCCUGUCCUACGUGCAGGCACUGCCUAAUUGAGACCUGCCAAAAAAUUGUUGGUUGUAGCCAGGCUAGCACAUCAGGACCUACUUCUCUACCAGUACAAGAAGUCAUUGUGAGCAUAUUGCCACUAGAACCUGAAGGUUUGAUACGCGAUUAUAGAGGGAUUAGCUAA